CCUACUGUUAUCCCGUAGCUCGACACCACUAUCGGCAUCCACGUAAAGGUUUCGUUUCCACUGGCUCUGUCUUCUCUCUACUUCCGGACGGUCCGCUUCGCUUGACCACUAUGAACAACAAGUGACAACACCAGUUUACGUAAGAUAUAAUGAAUGGGCAGCCGGCGCUGGCCUCAGGUCAGCAGCGUGGUGGAGCGCCGGCCAAUUCCCAGCCAAUGCUUACCAUGUGGCCCAGUUACUACGCAGCCGGCGCAUUCAGCGGCUGCACCUCUGGAAGUGCUGAAGACCAGCAUCCCGAGCAGCCUCUGCAGGAUCAAUUACAGGAGGAUGAAGAUGCAGCAUCCUUGCAGCGCGAACGCGAGCAGCGCCUUCUCAAGCGCAAACAGGCCAAUCGCGAGUCGGCAAAGCGGAGCAAACUCAAACGCAAACAGGCGGAACGCGACCUUAAUGAGCAUGCCCGCCGUGUGGAUGAGGAGCGGGACAGCUUAGCAUCACAGCUCGCGGCUGCUCAGCAGCGUUAUGCUGAGGCACAUGCCAAGCAUAUGGAGCUAAGACAGAAGAUACAGGGCUAUGCUGUCUCGCCAUCCGGGGAUGGUGGGUUAGGGGGUGUAGGCGGUAGCGCGUGUGGCUAGAUCGACUGUUUUCAGCUGCUUUGGCAGCCCUGGGCCCCAUAUGUGCGAUGACACACGUAGUCCGGGCAUCGCGAUGCCUGGGAGGGGCAGGCCGUGGCCGCUUAUUUGGUCCGCUUCCCUCGUGUUUAGUAAGUGCAGCCCAAGUGCUGAGGAUGGGAGCAAGAAGCGCCCGCACCUUGGGGGCUGUUUUCCUGCAUGUCGUAGUGGGUGUGCUGGGGGUUUCCGUUGCGCAUGCAGAACUGUUUGUUUCCUUGUAGUAGCAUUACCAACGUUUACGACAUUGUGUUUGGGAUGCUGUUGGGAUGCUGUACGGUAUAACAUGACGGCAUGUGGAAGUUACUCCCAAGACGUGUCACGUGUGUAUGGGGGGCUAUAGGCAUGUGUAGGCUUUGCCGGUACCAAAGCUGGCUGUGCCGAGAGCACCCGCUGUGCCGAGUGCAGCCGCCAUAGCGAGCGAAGUUGACCUAUUGUGCAGCAUCGCGAAAUCGGCUCUAACCGUGGGCUGACCAUGGUAACUGUAUGUUAAGUUUAUCUGGGGUGUGGGCUUGCGUACUGCCUGCUGAUGUUAUCACUGUGAACAUUGUCACGUAACUGUUAUGGUGGCAAGGCACGAGGACGGGCGCAUUAUGGUGGGUGUCUAGGGGGGUUUCCAUGUCACAAGCCCCGAUGACGUGCCUUCGGUCAGUCUAUCUAUGCGCCGUUGACUGUGCGCUGUGGUUACGAUUCUGGUUACAUUACAUAUCCUAUGCUGUCAUCGCCUUGUGUGCACAUUGCGCCAAGGUUGAUGUGCAGGCGCUCCCUUGCUGUGUGGUUCACCCGGUUUCAGCUCACCACAACCCUGAUAUAUAGGUUUGGUGGUGCAGUGUAUUCCGCAUGUGUCAGUUGACUCGAUGAUGGUGAGCGAGCUCAAGAUCGGCCUCUGUUGGUACGGCAUAGCACGGGGCACGGGCACAAUGCCGGCAGAUGAGCAUGGGGUACAAACAUGCACCGCCUCUGCUGUGCAAGUUUUUGCCGUGGUACGUAGUUACAAAAGCACGUUCUGACAAUGUUUUUCAUGUUUGCCUGGCAAGGUUACGUGUUGGCUGUGGCUGUUGGAGCAGUUCGUAGGAAGAGAGCAGCAGAGAGAGUUAAGGCAGGGGCACUUUAGGAUUUGCAGCGAAGCUGGAGAAUUCCCACCCGUUGCAAUCUGUGUACAUCGUGUACAUUGUGCUUUGGCGUCGGCGUCUUGGGGACCGUUAUAGUUGUUGGAUGUCCAUGGGUGGGAGGCGUGGGCUGCGCUCAUUGGGUAGCCCGCCCUCCCAGAGGGCGUUUAACAACGCAGUUGUGUCCCGUGUCAACUGACAAAACAUGUAUUAACAGUUUAUGUCACACCAUGUGUGGCACUGGGGGCCCCCAGCUUCUUCAUAAAUGUGCUCUCCGUACAUGUGUUUUUGCAUGCGUACCGUCGUCCAUGCACACUCGGGUGGUUGCCUGCGCCAAGGGAUGGCAGCAUGGUGUCUGGUUCAUCCAUGCUCGUUGUGUUGUAGCUUGUGUGGCAGUGCUUUUGCGUCAUGUGGACGAUAAGCCGGUAUCCGGAACUAUAUCCAUGUUCCAUGCUGCCUUGGUGUUUUUGUUUGCUGUUUCCGUUGCCACGCCUGGGGUAUGGGUUGUGAACUUGUGAUGCUGAGCAGCCAUCUGCUCGGGGGGUGGUGGGCAGUUGUUGUUGGCGUUACAUCGGGGGUACCCCGCCCACAGGGCGGGAUCGGGGUCGCGUCCCUGGAGGGGAUCGCGCGCAGCGGAGUGGUGGUAGGUUGUGGAUCUGCCGCUCUCCUCGGCUGUAAUCCCUCCUAGUGGUGUACAUGCAUAGGACUGCUAGCUGCUCGCUGCCCCUGGCUGCCCUGGUCAAUUCCUGGCAGCAUGGCGGAUGCGCUAAAGACUUUGCUACUGCUGAUGCAACACGGCUGCCCGUUCAUGUGGUUAUUGUAAUCCUGUUGCGGCCC